AUGACCUCCUCCUCCUCGACGGACCUCUACAAUGCGAACAGGGCAACGGACGACAACAACGAUUACGACCAUAGGGGUACCUCCUUGCCCUCGCCUCCGCUUUCGUCCAUGACCCCGACAACCCCAUAUUCAUCCCAUUCACACCUUCGGACCAACUUUUCUCCAAAGACCUUGUCACUCUCCUCAACUUCGCCUUCAUCGCCCCCGUCGUCCCACUAUUCGCUUCAGGAACGCUGCGAUGCUCUCCAAACAGAACUGUCGUCGGUUCGGAUACAGCUUCAACAACAGGAACAAACCUCGACCGUGCGCGAAAAGCGUCUCUCUCAAUACCAACAACAUUCGAGCAACACCCAAGUCUCCCUCCAGACCCUGAAACACCAACACGAACUGGUCUUGGCCCAACUAUCCAAGAUCCAGACCGAUACGAGCCACCUCAGGUACGAGCUUGAAACAACCUCGACCGAGAACCGACAAUUGAAGACCCAGGUCCAGGAACAAACACGGGAACUCAGGGAGGUCACCCUCGACCGAGACUCGCUCUCGCUCGAAAUGGUCGAAUGUCAUUCCGACAAUGCCAAGUUCCUGAAGCGGUUACGGGGGUCGACGGAUAUGCUCGGCAGCCUGCAGGACGAAAACCGAUCGUUGAUUGAGCAGCUGAGGGAACUUCGGGCUCGGGUCACGGAAUUGACCGAGGACAGGUCGAAGCUAUCGGAUACGCUUGAGCGAGAGCGGCAGAGAACGAGUCAGGCGACGCUUGGACUGGAUGCUGUUGUGACAAGGUACAAGGAUGAAGUCGAGCGGCUACAGGAUCUUGUCUUGGCGAUGGGACACAAGCAUGUGCAGACUCAGACCCAGCUUUCCUUUUUGCAAAAGAUUCAGCAACAGCAGCAACAGCAGCAGCAACAGCAGGCGAUUCAGCAGGCGGAGGCGUCAUCGUUGUCGUCACAGAGCAAAAGUUUGUCUGGCGAUCACAGCAGCAAGGCUCUUGUACACCACCAAAAGCACCCAUCGGAGUCCUUCUCGUCAUCAUCGGCCCUGCACAGCCUAAUCCAGUCACAUUCAUCAACACAGCCGCCUCAGCAGACGUUACAUGGAGGUCUUGUCCUUGGAGACGGAGCAUUGGCCUCGAUCCUCUCCUCUGUCGCCGCCAGUUCCAACUCUCGUCGGUUCAAGCCUACCCGGCGGUUUACAAUCAACGGGGCAGCACAACAACAACAGCAGCAAAAACAGGAUGCACCUCUGACACUGGAGCAGCGGAAAACUAAGUUUUUGAUGGAUCAGAUCACUGUUCUCCAACGGGGAUACGACAACCUGCGACAGGAAAAGAUUACGCUCGAGCUCCAACUGGAUCAAGUCCAACGACAGUACGAAUACCAACAGCAGCAACGCCAACGUCGACGAUCGUCUCUGCGCAGGACGUUGGGCUCUGAACAGAGACAAUUGAUGUCUGUAGCAGCAGCACCGCCGCCACCACCAGUACCGUCCAUUCCACAACAGCACUCGCAGCAACAACAUCAACAGCACCAACAACAGCACCAUAAGAAGCAUCAUCAACAUCACCACCACAAGCAGCCAUCGCUUUCAUCGACGAUCAAGCUACCUGACGGCCCACCGCCCCAGAUCAAGACUGAAGAGGAGGAAAUACCCCCAGUGAUUACGGCCAACAUGACCAAGGAGGAGCGAGCCGAGGCAGAACGGAUCCAGCAACAGAUCCAGGAAGCUCUUGCGGCAUUAGAGAGCAAGCGCAGGCACCAUCAUGAAGUGCCACUCACCCGACUUUCGGAACUCAAACAUCUCGAGACCCUCAAGUUCCCGCAAGAAGAGGAGAAGAAGCCAGUCUCGUUUCUCAAGCCUCCGCAGCACCAGCACCAGCAGCGGCAGUAUGAUGUUCAGUUGGGUGAUCUUGUUGAUUGGGGCGUUCAGCAGUGCAGUUGUUGUAUCGGCAACUUGAUCGAGAUUUGA